AUGGCGGCCCCGAGCCUCCACCUCCUCCUCCCGCGCCACCCGCAGGCCCUGCCGCCGCCGCCGCCGCGGGCCUCGCCGUCCAUGCUAGCCCUACCCCGCUUCCCCCUCCCCGCGCGGCGCCGGGGCCGGGCCGUCGCGGCGCUCGGGUGGGGAGGGGGCGGAGGGAUCGAGGACGUCGGCCAGCUAUUCAGCCGCGUCGAGGCGUUCCUCUACACCGUCGCCGACGCCGCGGUGGCGGCCGCCCCGGCGGCCGAGGGCGGGGCCAAGGAGGCCGCGGCCGCCGGGGACUGGUUCGCCGGGAUCACCGGCUCCAUGGAGACCGUGCUCAAGGUUCUGAAAGAUGGUCUUUCGACUCUUCAUGUUCCUUAUCCAUAUGGUUUCGCGAUCAUCCUCCUGACGGUUCUGAUUAAGGGGGCCACUUUUCCUCUUACAAAGAAGCAGGUCGAAUCUGCACUUGCAAUGAGGUCACUUCAACCUCAAGUGAAGGCUAUUCAAGAACGACAUGCUGGGGAUCAGGAAAGGAUACAACUCGAAACUGCCCAUUUAUAUAAGUUGUCUGGCGUUGAUCCACUUGCAGGGUGCUUGCCUACUCUUGUAACAAUACCAGUCUGGAUUGGUCUAUACAAAGCUCUCUCCAAUGUAGCUAAUGAGGGACUUCUUACAGAAGGCUUUUUUUGGAUACCUUCUUUGGCCAGUCCAACAACAAUUGCUGCUCGAGAAAGUGGCCAAGGAAUAUCCUGGCUUUUUCCGUUUACGGACGGACAUCCACCACUUGGUUGGUCGGACACUAUGGCAUACCUUGUUCUACCAAUUCUUCUGGUUAUUUCGCAAUAUGUAUCUGCUCAGAUAAUGCAAUCAUCACAGAGCAAUGAUCCUAGCCAGCAAGGUGCACAAGCUGCAGUGAAGUUCCUGCCUUUGCUAAUUGGUUAUUUUGCUCUUUCCGUUCCUUCUGGAUUGAGUCUAUAUUGGCUUACAAAUAAUGUCCUUAGCAGUGCACAACAAGUGUGGCUUCAAAAGCUUGGAGGUGCCAAAAAUCCUGUCCAAGAAUAUAUUGACAAGCUUGCUAGAGAGGAAUCAACUAAUGUUGGAAAGUAUGAACCUGCUGAUAAGAGUGAGGUUCUCCCAAAAGCUGGUAAACCCCAGCCCGGUCAAGUGCCAAAACCAAGCGAACCGCAGCGCGGUGGAAGGUUUAAGAAAUUAAUGGAAGAAGAGUCAAGGAGAAAACAACUUGUGGAACAAGCAAAGCAAACAGAUGAGGCAAGCACAGACUCUUUUGCCAUUGAUGGGAAACAGAAUUUUGACAGCUCUGCUCCAGACACCAAAGAUGAGCAGGAGGAAUCCCAUGAAAAUGAACCGAUUUCAGCUAGUAGCAAUGGCGGACUUAGCCAUGAUACACACGAAGCAACCCCAAAAAGAAACAUGGAAGAGGGAACAAUUCAGGAAGCGACCAACACCGACAGCCAUUCUUCAGUAAGCAACGCUGCUUCCCCCUCCGACGAUAGAUUGAGAGGCCAAGAUGAGGAUGGUAAAGACGCAGAGUAG